AUGGCUGGUCUCUUUGGUUCGGCACAGUCCAACUCGGCGACCGCUACCCAGGGCAGCAUCACCGGCGACAUCGCUCUCAACAAUCCACCUGAGGAUAGUAUCCAGGACUUGAGCUUCUCGCCGGUUUCUCUCCACCUCUCAGUCGCAUCAUGGGACAACAAAGUUCGCAUCUACGAAGUCGAUCCAAAUGGCGGAUCAGGAAAGGCUCUCAUUGAUUUGGGUGCCCCUGCUCUCAGCACAUGCUGGUCAAAGGAUGGAACGAAAGUCUUCGCAGCAGGCGCCAACAAACAGGCAAUGAUGCUUGAUCUCGGAGCAGGCAGCACCACCCCCCAGACCGUCGCCGCCCACGACGCUCCCAUCAAGUGCGUAGAAAGCAUCAUGGUCAACAACUCUCCAAUGCUCGUUACUGGUUCUUGGGACAAGACCAUCAAGUACUGGGAUCUACGUCAACAAACCCCUGCCGCUACCGUUCAGUGCAAGGAUCGCGUCUACGCCAUGGAUACCCGCGACCAGCUUCUGGUCGUUGCUACCGCCGACCGCUGGGUCGAAAUCUUCAACCUCGCCCAGCCCAACUCGGCAUACAAGCAAAUCCAGAGUCCUCUGAAGUGGCAGACCAGAACCAUCAGCUGUUUCGCCGACGCCACCGGUUUCGCCAUUGGCUCCAUCGAAGGUAGAUGUGCUAUCCAGUACGUCGAGGAAAAGGACUCGAGCUCAAACUUCUCCUUCAAGUGCCAUCGUCAGACCGCCCCCAACACCCGCGACCAAUCAAACGUCUACUCGGUAAACUCCAUCUCCUUCCACCCUAUCCACGGAACCUUCAGCACUGCCGGUAGUGACGGCACCUUCCACUUCUGGGACAAGGACGCCAAGCACCGUCUCAAGGGCUACCCCGAAGUUGGAGGCUCCAUCAGCUGCACAGACUUUUCCCACGAUGGCUCUGUCUUUGCUUACGCUGUUUCCUACGACUGGCAUCAAGGAUACCAACAGAACAACCCUCAAUACCCUAACAAGGUCAUGCUGCACUCUAUUGCUCCUGAUGAGUGCAAGCCUAGACCUAAUGCCAAGAAGCGAUGA